UCAAAAACGCAGACGAAUUUUUGCAUACGACGCACGUGUAAUUCUUUAGUUUGUUUUAUCCUUUCAAACUGCACAUUUUAAAUAUAAAUAAUAUAGAGCUUAAAAACGGUUUUACAUUAAAAAAUGGUAAAAAAGAAGAUUGACAACCGCAUACGCGUCAUGAUUGAAAAUGGCGUCAAGUUGGGACAUCGAACAAUGUUCAUAAUAAUAGGGGACAAAGCGCGCGAUCAAGUGCCGAUACUCUACGAUAUUUUAACUAAAUCUACAGUGAAGGCCCGCCCGACAGUAUUAUGGUGCUACAAAAAUAAAGAUGAGGCCAUAUCUAAUCAUGGCCGUAAGCGUGCUAAGAAGAUUGCGGCUGGUAAAAUUGAUGUUAACGAUGCGGACAUGUUCGACACAUUUCGAGUAUCCACAACUAUACACGGCCGUUACUACUCGGAAACGCACGCUGUUUUGGGUCGCACUUAUGGUGUAUGCGUGCUGCAGGAUUUUGAAGCGCUCACGCCCAACCUGUUGGCGCGUACUGUGGAAACAGUUGAAGGUGGAGGUUUGAUAAUAUUAUUGUUAAAAACCAUGCAAUCGCUUAAACAACUGUAUACAAUGAGCAUGGAUGUGCAUAAACGUUUUCGUACCGAAGCUCACCAAACGGUUACUUGUCGUUUCAACGAACGUUUGAUACUCUCGUUGGCUGAGUGCAAGCGCUGUCUAGUGGUCAACGAUGACUUAACCGUGCUGCCGUUAAGUUCGAAAACAAUCAAUGUUGAUGCUGUUAAUCCCGCUGAAAUUGACAAAUCUGAGAACAAUGAAAUGUUGCAAGAUUUAAGAGAAAGUUUACGUGAUACACCUCCCGCCGGACCACUUGUGGCUCAAUGCCGCACAUACGAUCAAGCUAGGGCUGUUGCCCAGUUCAUUGAAGCUUUGGCGGAGAAGCAGUUAAAACCACCCACAACGCUCACCGCAGCACGUGGUCGUGGUAAGUCUGCUGCCAUGGGACUGUCAAUCGCCGCAGCAAUAGCCUUCGGUUAUGUUAACGUCUAUGUGACUUCUCCUCAUCCGGAGAAUUUGAUUACGCUCUUUGAAUUUGUUCUUAAAGGCUUUGAUGCUCUGGAUUAUCAGGAACAUUCUGAUUAUACUAUUAUACGUUCCACCAAUCCAGAUUACAAAAAGGCCAUCAUUCGCAUCAAUAUCAACCGUUCGAAUCGCCAGACCAUACAAUAUAUUGCACCCACCGAUACACAUCUAUUAAAUGCAGCCGAUCUGUUGGUAAUUGAUGAGGCUGCAGCCAUACCUUUGCCUUUGGUAAAGAAAAUGAUGGGACCGUAUUUGAUAUUCAUGGCGUCUACUAUUAAUGGCUACGAAGGAACGGGACGCUCGCUUAGUUUGAAAUUGAUGACACAAUUGCAGAAGGAUAAUAAUGCACCACCACCCAUAAAACUCGAAGAGUCGAUUCGUUAUAGCGAAGGCGACGAUAUCGAAGCCUGGUUAAUUAAUUUAUUAUGUUUGGAUACCACUACUGUACCUAACAUCAGUUCGGGUUGUCCAACUCCAGAGGCUUGCGAUCUCUAUUACAUAGAUCGUGAUGCCUUGUUCUCAUAUCACAAAGCAGCCGAAUCCUUCCUUCAUCGAUUGGUCUCCAUUUACGUAGCUUCGCAUUACAAAAACAGUCCGAAUGACCUACAAAUGAUGAGCGAUGCACCGGCGCAUCAUCUUUUCUGCCUUUUGGGACCUAUUCAACGCAAGGAUCAACUGCCAGAAAUACUUGUUGUCGUCCAAGUGGCACUUGAGGGUGAAAUUUCUUCACAAACAAUAAGCGACUCCUUGGGUCGCGGCAAGAAAGCGAGUGGUGAUUUAAUACCGUGGAACGUUGCAGAGCAAUUUGGUGAUCGUGAAUUUCCGAAGUUGUCCGGUGUGCGGGUGGUGAGAAUUGCUACGCAUCCGAACUAUCAAAGGAUGGGAUAUGGUAAACGAGCAAUUAAACUGCUGCGAGAUUAUUAUCAGGGUAAAUUUACAGACAUAAGUGAAAAUCCACAAGGUGGAGAAAAUGCGAAUGGUAUCGAAGAAGUUGACGAAGACCAAUUAGGUAUUCUAAAAGAGCAAAUACGUCCACGUCGCAGCAUUCCCACUCUACUGAAACGUCUGAAUGAGCGCGUCCCGGAACAUAUCGACUACUUGGGUACGUCAUAUGGACUAACGCAAGAGCUUCUUAAAUUCUGGAAAAGUUUGGGGUUCGUGCCCGUAUACAUUAGUCAAAAGUCCAAUGACAUUACUGGGGAACAUUCCUGCAUUAUGUUGCAUACACUAGAUAAAUCGGGCGCGUCUCCAGAGAAAAAAUGUGCAGAAUGGUUGAGUUUAUAUUUCAACGACUUUAGACGUCGUAUUAUCAAACUGUUAAGUAAAACAUUUAGAGAAUUCUCAGCCACUUUAGCAUUAUCUAUAAUCGAUAACAAAUGGGCGACAUUUGAGCAAAAGGCGCUCGACAAGCAUACGCUCGAUGUUUACUUUUUGCCCCAUGACAUUGAACGGUUGGAAGCAUAUUCGCGUAAUCAAAUUGAAUAUCGCUUGAUACUAGAUUUAGUGACCGACAUAAGCUAUAUUUAUUUUCAAGGAAAAAUGCAUGAACUUCAAAUAGAUACUUUGCAAAAGGCCGUCCUUCUCGGUAUCGGCGUGCAAGGAAAAACAGUUGAUGCAAUUGCAGCAGAGCUGAAUAUGCCGGGCAACCAGAUUUUGGCUAAAUUUUAUGAUAUGAUAAAGAAAACUGCCAAGUAUAUGCUUGGUGUCAUCGAAGGUCACAUUGAAAGCCAUAUGAAGAGUGAAACGCAGUUGAAUCGUGGUGAAGAGUUUGUUCCAGUUUCGUUGUCACUCAACGAUGAAUUGGAAGAAACUGCCCAGCAAUUAUCUAAGAAACAGAAGGAAGAGCUGAAAAAGCUAAAAAGGGAAAGCCUGAAAGAAUUUGCCAUUAAGGGUACCGAUGAAGACUGGUCAAAGGCGUUGACGAAUAGUGAUGGUAAAACCAAGCUUAUAUCUGUUAAAAGUGGAAUUAAACGGUUGGAGGAUGGAGUAGAAGAUAUUGCACCCAAAGAGCAGCCGAAAGCGAAAAAAGUCAAAAUGGGGAAAAAGAUGAAAGCCUCUAUGAAGUCUUUGAUUUAGUUAGUUUCCUUUUAAUAUGAAAGUAGUAAAUCUUGUUACUACAAAUAUUGGAAAAAGUAGCUUAUAAUAAAAUAUAAUAUACCUUAGCCGGUAGUCGUUUAUUUAAA